AUGUUGAGAGAAGUAAAAGCCAAGAACCCGCGCACUGCGCGUAUCCUGAAAGCGCGGGAGCCGCAACUCAUCGAACCCCCCAAGAAGACCCUGAUUUUCCACGGCGCAAAAUGCCCCCAAGCACUGGACACAGUGCUGAAGACCUUCCACGCUCUGACGAAGCCUCACAACAUUCUUUUCCAUAAGAAGAACGAGAAAUUGCACCCAUAUGAGAACUCAGAGAGCCUGGAAUUCUUGGCGAACAAGAACGAGUGUGGACUCGUAGCAUUCGGAAGCCACAACAAGAAGCGACCCAACUGCGUUACACUGGCUCGGAUUUACAACUCAGAGGUGCUCGAUCUCGUCGAGCUCAUGUUGCUCCCCCCGAGAGAUGGCGAGACCAUCCCCCCCAUCAACGAACUUGUCAUGGACGUCGGUCUUGGCCUGCGACCUAUGAUGCUAUUCACUGGCUCCCCCUGGGACGAUCCUACCUCGACUGCGCACAUCAUCCUCAAGAGUACUCUUCUCGACAUGUUCAAGGGUGAAGAGACGACCCAGGUCGACGUUGAGGGUCUGCAGUACGUGAUGAUGGUUGGUGCCGAGGAGCCCCAGGAUGGCCUCUCACCGGUCAUCCACUUGCGCUGGUACAGAGUUGUUACCAAGCGCAGCGGUCACAAGCUGCCCCGCGUGGAGUUGCAAGAAGUUGGUCCCAAGUUCGACUUCAAGGUCGGUCGCACACGCCAGGCUGCUCCUGAGGUGCAGAAGGAGUCCAUGAAGCAGGGCAAGCGUCCCAACGAGGAAGCCCGCACCAAGAAGAACGUCAUUAUGGACUCUAUGGGUGACAAGAUUGGUCGUGUUCACCUCGGCAAGCAGGAUCUGUCUGACCUGCAGACCCGUAAGAUGAAGGGUCUCAAGCGUCGGGCGGGUAUGGAAUCUUCCGACGAGGAGGACGAGCCAUCUGCGGAGAUGAUGGAGGUGGAUGAGGUUUCUUCUGAUGAGGAGGAGGAGAGCCACAAGAAGGCACGGAAAAACUAA